AUGGAAGCCAUCUGUGUGGCAAACAAUCAAUUCACAGUUGACAUUGCAAAAAAUGUUGUCAUUGAUCAGAAUCUGGCCAUGUCAUCAUUCAGUAUAUUUGUUGCUUUGGCAAUGGCCUCUGUUGGAGCAAGAAACACAACUGAAACCCAGAUGAAAAAGGUUCUUCAUCUAGAAAACAUUACAAACGUUCAUCCCAGAUUUAAGGAACUCUUCACUUCCCUUUCGUGUCAAGAGUACAUACUCGAUAUUGCAAACGGAUUGUUUGUUGAGCAGACGUUUCCCAUCCUUAAUUCUUUCUUACAAAGUGUUAGCUUGUGGUAUAAUGUAGAACCAGAAAACGUUAACUUUCUUGGAGACAGUGAAGGAGUUCGUCAACACAUCAACAGCUUGAUAGAACAACAGACAAGAGGUUUAAUUCAAGACUUAUUGCCCCCUGACUCAGUAUCGUCUGACACAGUAUCUGUUGUGACAAAUGCUAUAUAUCUUUCUGCAAACUGGACUACAGCGUUUCCACAUGGUAAUACAGUGAAUGCUUCAUUUACUUUAAGAACAAAUGAGCAGGUAACUGUUGAGAUGAUGUCUACAAUACAAACCUUUAAUACCCGCAACAUAAGUGAAGACAAUGUAAGGGUCCUUGAACUCACCUAUGGAGACUCAAAGAUCAUGAGUAUGUACAUUAUAAUGCCUGAUGAGGGGACAGAUAUACUAGAGAUUGAGCGUAAUAUGGUGUUCGAAAAAAUAAUGGACUGGACAGACUCGAGCAAAAUGGAACAAGCAGUUCUUAAGGUGAAUGUCCCUAGAUUCCAAAUUGAGCAUAGCAUUCAACCAGAGAAUAUCUUGGAAAAUUUGGGAAUGACCGACGUCUUCAGAUCUUCAGCAAACUUUUCAGGGAUAUCUGACACUGGAGUAUAUAUAUCAGGUGUGUUUCACAAGGCAUAUGUGAAAGUUGAUGAGAAUGGAACCGAAGCAGCAGCAGCUACUGGGGUUGUGAUUGUACCAUCGCCAAACCCAGAAUUGCCUCUCAGACUUCUAGAUAGUGAAGCUUGA